AGGGGCGCGAGCCGGUGGAUCGGCACCUGUGCAGUGAGUGGCUGGCCGGGCUUCUUUCUUUGGAGCAAUGUUUGUUGCUACUAGAGUUGUUCGGGAUCGUGGUCCUUCUUCCUUCCUUCCUUCAGUUCUGUCUUCUGGAUCCAAGUAUCUCUCUGUCUCUGUCCCUCCUACCAGCUUUUCCGUCCGUUGGGGUGAUUCGAUCGAUCGAUCGUGGGAGUGGGUGAAAAGGCGUUGCUUUGCCGUGCCAAGUGUGAGAGUGCGGCCCGGGAAUGGUGGCCUGAAUUGCCGCUGAAGCAUCGGCCUUGAUCGGGGUCAGGGUGGACUGACCGCGGUAGUUGAGUAUGGAGCCGGAUAAUUUGCCCCAACAGAUUUUGUUGCACUUCCAAGGCGGGACUACGGGUGAAACACCCGCCAUGAUCCUCUCGCCCACCACACGCCGGCGUCAACGCGGUCGGGGCGUGGUGGUUUUGGAUAAUGUGACGGCCGCUUCCAACAUGACGAAUCGGACCGCAUUUACACCGGAGUUUCUGAAUCGCUUCGAUGGGGCCUCCAAUAAUCUCCCCGGGCUUAUGGCCACGCCCAGUCCUGACGAGCUGGUGAUCCAAGCGCGUGGUCGUCGUCGAUUUCCUUUAACCUUCAGUCCGGAUGUGUAUCACACGCCUGUGCGUCAACGCCACCGAAUGUCUUCGUUGGCCUCGGCCAGCCAAACCAAUCCGGGCAUGACUCGCCUCUUAUUGCCUACCCGCACGAGUCCCCGCAAGCGAUUGACGCUGUCCGAUUCGCCCCCCAAUCGUUCGAGCACCCGUUGUUGUUCCGUGUUCGAAACGCCUUCGCCCGACGCUCGCCUCAAGCGCAGCCCGAUCUCCAAGAAAUGCAAACUAGCCCUCGACACCCAAUUGUCCGACACGCCUCUCAACACGUUGAUGAAAGGGUUGUCGCAGUCGCAAUUGACUGGUCUCAUGGCCAAACUCAUGGCUCAGCAUCCGGAGUUGGAGCGUGAAGUGGCCGAGUUAAUGCCCCAACCCGAUUUGGCGCCCUUAGAAGAGCGGCUCAAUUAUCUGAAACGAAACGUGUUCAAAUCCCUGCCCAACACGCGACUCGAGUCUAAGUCUGAUUCUUUGGCCUACAACCGUGUCGCGACUCAUUUAGUGGCCUUGAAGAAGGCCCUCUCCGAUCAAAGUAAACAAUUACUAGAUAGUUGCCAAUGGGGAGCCACGGUGGACCACACCAUCAUGGCCUGGAAUUACGUCAAGGCCACACCCGUGUGGGACAAUUCGCCGCAUAAUAACGUCAGGCGUCAGAGCUUCAAGAUCUUGGCUGUCAAUUGUUUGCACGCUCUCAAACGAGGCGAUUGGUCGCCGACCGUGUGCCAAGACAUUAGAAACAGACUAGGUCCUUUGGAAAAAGAGUCGGAAGACAUUACUCCUUGUUUAAAGCACUUGGAUUUCAUAAUUCAAGCAGGCGAAGUUGUUCAUCCAUAAUCCAACUGAGGAUCUGGUCCCGUUCAUUCUGAUGCUUGGAAGGCUGAAUCCGAGGCCCCCCCCCAAGCUGAUCUCAUCGUAUUCUCAUAUGCCAUGGCAUUAAACUACCUAUGGGUUUCGAACGUGACUAAAGAAAUCUCGGGCAUAUGAAUUACCGUUAACUCCAACGCUUUCACGUGCAUUACACUAUGCAUUUAUGCUUUCUGAUUUUUUUCAAUGAUUUUUGAAAAAUGUGAACAAUUAUUGAAAUACACGUAGCAACUCGGCGAA